AUGGCAACCCAAGAGACCACUCCAGGUAGCCAGACAGAGGAGAGCAAUGCUUUGGACCUGCCAUCAGCUUACGACAUAAGGGAUUAUGUGUUGCAGAGACCCAGCCAGGAGACCAACAGUGAGGCUUUUAGUUCUGAGGAAGCUUGUUCUAUUCCUUGCUCUUCUGAUGUGGAUCCAGACAGCAGUAACCUAAAUACUGAGCAAAAUGAUUCCUGGACCUCUGAGAACUCCUGGCUUUACCUUUCUGUGAAGGGCCAACCAGAAACCAAGGAAGAGGAUGAUGGUCUUCGGAAAUCUCUGGAUAAAUUCUAUGAAGUAUUUGGCAAUCCACAGCCAGCCUCUGGAAAUUCACUCUCCACAUCUGUCUGCCAGUGCCUGUCUCAGAAAAUCAAUGAACUGAAGGACCAGGAGAACCAAAAGUAUACCCUCCGCAGUUUUCAAAUGGCUCGGGUCAUCUUCAACCAGAAUGGCUGCUCCAUCUUACAGAAACAUUCCAGGGACGCCCAUUUCUACCCACUCAGAGAAGGAAGUACGUCUCUACAGGAUGAAAAGCUGACCCCAGGACUUUCAAAAGAUAUUAUUCAUUUCCUCUUGCAGCAGAACUUGAUGAAAGACCAGUAACUGAUGCCUGGUGAUGAGAGCAGGUGUAUGGGGGCAGGAGGAGGGUAUCCCUAUGGCCAGUACCAUUGGUGCAUCACCCAGAACCCAUCAGGUCUCUUGCCAGCUUGG